GCUCGUCUUGUCGUGCACCAUCAUGCAGCACACCUUCGUCAGUUGUUGAACAUACUAUCUCCUAGGUACAAGUGGACUUUCAACGUCUAAAGCUAUCUCAGCGACCGCAGCAUGCGAACGCCCCGCGCCUACCACACGCCGGCCUCGACGUGUCUCUUCGACCGUGUCCCAACAGAGAUUCUCGAGCACAUCGUCCUUGAUGCAUGCGCUGGGUACCCUUUGGACGUACCCCCGAAAUGGAAGCAAGGCAGGCGAAAACGUCGUCACCCGUAUCCCGCCCUUGCUGUUAGCAGCGUCUGUGUCAAAUGGAGGGCCGUUGCGUUAACGAAUCCUGACAUAUGGACGCCGUACACGAUUGAUGUUCGCCUCGAUGACUGUGAGCCCAGGCGCUUCGCAAACGAAGAGGCGUACGUUCGCGUCAAGGCGCAGUGCCUUGGUCUCCUCGGGUGCUACUUCGAACGUUCUGGCACUGCGCCGCUGGACAUCCACCUCGACGGAAUCGUGCUGGACGAGCCGGGAGACUGGGAGGACACGGUCGGCGAGAUUGUCCGGCUCGCAUGCUCGACGGCUCAUCGCUGGAAAAGCUGCUACAUCGGGGGCUUUGUGGCAACAUACCUCAGCACGCUACCAGAGACUUCCGCGCUCCCAUUCCCUCUGCUCGAAAAUAUGACAGUGCGCGAGGAGGAGGGGUGCCACAUGUAUCUGCAGCUCUCUCUGGGAGGGGCGCCGCGGCUGCGAAGCUAUGUUGGGCCCAUCAAUCCUGAGGCAACCAUCAUGCCGUGGGGCCAGCUCACUCGCCUGACCCUUGAGAAUAAGGUGUCCGUCCAGUACUUCAUGUCCGUCAUUCCGCAAUGCCAGCAGCUCGAGGACAUCUCGGUUAGUAUUUGGAGCAACAUAGCACUGCCGAUGCCGACAGUUCCAGAACCUCCAGUCGUGCUCACUCGGCUGAAGCGCGCGGAACUCCUCUUCGAUGACCACGAGGUCCUCGCUCACGUCUUCGCGGCGCUUACAACACCGCAACUAUUGCGUCUCAGGAUACGGGGCUGCGAGCUCAUGGAGACGGAGGAGGACGGCGUGAAUGGGCAUCUACACCUGCCAGUCUGGCCCGUAUGGGAAUUCGACGGCUGGCUACGACGCUCGGGAGAGAGCCUCAGGAGCUUAUACCUUUCCGAUAUCCUCAUGCGACGGGAGGAGUAUACCGCUCUGCUGCGCAAGCUCCCCCGCCUCAGCGAGCUCGAGCUGAGGCGCUGCGACGUUCCGGACGAGAUGUUCCCCUUCGCCAUCGACGACGGCAUUCUCCGCAGGAUGGUCCCGCGAGGCCGCGAACCACCGGAGCUCCUCCCCGGGCUGACGAGCUUGGCGAUAGCAGGUGCCUUCGACUUCGACUACACCCUGCUCCUCGACAUAGUCCAAUCGCGGGUCGCGCUCGCGCCGCGUAUGGAGCAUCUCGAGCUGCAGAUUUCCGGCGAGUCGCGAGCGGACAUCGACCGCGAGACGGAGGCGCAGCUGCAGAAGCUGCUAGGGGAUGGUUUUCAGUGCACCACUCAGGGCAGAUUCUUCAUGGAGAGGAAUCCCCAGAUCCGUCUUUCGCUACGGAACCGCACGGGGGAUACGGAUACAGAGCCCGAGGACGAGGACGAGGAAGAGUCGGAGGAUUCAGAUUUUUAGAUUUUAGUGAGGAUCAUAAUAAAUGAAGGCGUCCAUAACGCAGGGUUCGCGAGGGUGAUUGCUCACCACCGAGCGCAUACCCAGCUGAUAACGAGAACUGGACAUGAAAAGCGGUGACUUCGAUUGAACGCGUAGCC